AUGAAUGACAUGGAGAUCUUGAACAACAUCCUGGAGCGGCACGGAUGGUAUCCACAGGACAAGGGUGCUGGCGGAAAUUGCCUCUUCCUGUCCAUGGCCCCUCAAGUUGAGCCAGAAGACCUGAGAGAUGUGCACCUGAGGUCGGUGCGGUGGGAGGAGGCUUUGGGGAGUGAUCUUGCCGACCAAUGGAAGGACUUGCAGAUUCUGCAGCGGGCCAACAUUCUUCGGCAGAUGGCAAUCCUGGAUGAGGCUGAGUUCCUAGAAGAGUUGCAAGCCUUGGGCAGUGGAGAACUGCCACCAGAAGCAGAGUGGCGCAUGCGAGAGCUUUACACAGACAUGUUGGAGGAGUUCGUGAGCUCCAAUAAGCAUGGUCUUGGAGAUGGUGUGAUGGGGUGGGAUCUGCAGGGCGUCUACAAGAGAGUGCGAAAGCUUCUUUCGGAGUAUGAGAGGGACCAGGUUCGUGAGUUUGUUCUCAAGCACGGGGCCGAGUACAUGCAGAUCACCGGCAGACAAGGAAACUGGGCGGGUAGUUCAGAAAUGGCUGCUUUGUCCAGUGUGCUGAGGCGGCCAGUCCUUGCCUAUGGCAACAACAGGGCCAGCUCACGGGCGCAACACGGCAUUUGCGAGACAGCUCGCCGCAAUGGGAUUUUCUUGGACCCACAGGUUGUUUGCUUUGCCAAGGUUCGCAGAACAGGAGAUGCAAGUGUGGUUGCCCAAAUGCAGGCCUUGAGCAGCGCCCGAGAGUGGCAAGCUGCAGUGGAUUUACUUCGGGAGGUCGGCUUCCGGAGAGUGAGGUCGAGCCUGAUUCUGCACAAUAUGCUCUUGACAGCUUUGGGUUCAGACUCAGGUCUGGCUACUUGGUCUCACGCCUUCGGGAUUUUCAAAAUCCUUCGAAUACAAAGCAUUCGGGCAGGCGUGGUGACAUACAACACUUUGGGAAACGGCUUGGAGAAGCAGGGCCAGGCUAGUGAAUGUUGGAUGAAGGCCCUUGGCAUCGCAGACAUGGCAAAAUCCCAUGGAGUGCGACGGGAUGCAUUCUCAUGGAGCAAUAUUGCAAACUCAUUUCGCUCUAAGACAGGGUGGAAUGGUGCCCUAAACCUCUUGCAGGAGGUGAAGGAUGUGGGAAUGGAACUGCAUUUGUUUACCAGUAGUGCUGCCAUCGCAGCGGCCGAGAAGAUCAGCCGGUGGCAAGAAGCUUUUGAUUUGUCGACAUGGAUCGCAUCUGAAGAUCUUCAGCUUGACAUUGUGUCACACUGUUCCGUCAUUAGUUCCUGUUCUGGUGGCCAGAAGUGGACCAACGCCCUCCUCAUGUCGCAGCAACACAGCUCCAUGGUGAUACGAAAUGCUGCCUUAAGCGCUUGUGAGCGAGCGAGACGGUGGGAGAGGACCUGCCUCAUGUUGGAGCAGGCAAUGGCAGCGUCGAUUCGCCCAACCUCCGUGUCUUUCAAUGCUGCCUUAUCAUCUUGUGAAAAGGUUCAGCACUGGGAUUUGUCUUUUGGCCUUCUUGCAGCGAUGCAAAAGAGAAGCGUCAAAGCAAGCUUGGUGACGCUCAAUGCUGUCCUUAGCAACACUGAACGGGCUCAAAAGUGGGAGCAGGCAUUGCAGUUCUUGUCUAUGGCUUGGCAAUUGGUGCCGGACCAGAUUAGUUUCAACGCAGCCAUCAGUGCUCAGGAGAAGUGCGGAAACUGGGAGUGGGCUUUCAUGACCUUAGAUAUGAUGAAGUCAGCCCGAUGCCCUGCCGACAUCAUCUCCGUUUCCUCUGCAGUGAGCGCUUUGGAUAUUGCCAGUCGGUGGGCAACGGCUCUAUUCCUUAGCACCAAUCAGAUGGUGGCACCCAAUGUGAUAUCCUGUACUGCUGGAAUGCAUUCAUGUGCGGCAUCUAUGGGCUGGCAGCACGUUCUCAGUCUGAUGAUCUUUAUGCAGAUGACACUGGUGCAGCAGAACUGUGUGACUUUGCAUGCAGCUUUGAUGGCAGCUGAACAUAUACAACCUCAAGCAGGUGUUCUGCAGCUUGCCAACGACAUGGCCAUAUCGGCUGGAGGAACCAUGGCGCAGAGCCAUGGCUAUCUCUCCUCCAUUGGACUUGAUCCCGUGAAUGUUGCGACUUCAUCCUUGAUACCUCCUGAAGAGAAGGAAGCUCAGGGAACCAAUGGUUCUUCAGCACCUUCUCGCGCAAAGAAGACAGGUGCCCAGGGUCCAGGAAGAGGAGAGUUCACAACCGCCCAGGAAGUCCGAGACAGCUUUGUCAAGUUCUUCCAGGGAAAGGUGCACGAUUUUGUGCCUUCCUCCCCGGUGGUGCCGCACAACGAUCCAACCCUGUUGUUCAUCAAUGCAGGUAUGAACCAGUUCAAGCCGAUCUUUGUUGGACAAGUUGAUCCCAGCCAUCCCUUUGCCAAGCUGAAGCGUGCAGCAAACUCGCAAAAGUGCAUUCGUGCAGGUGGAAAGCACAACGACCUGGAAGAUGUUGGGAAAGAUGUCUACCACCACACCUUCUUUGAGAUGCUUGGCAAUUGGUCCUUUGGAGAUUAUUUCAAAGAGGAGGCCAUUACUUGGGCAUGGGAAUUGCUGACGAAGGUCUACCACCUGGACCCCGAACGGCUCUAUGCAACCUACUAUGGCGGUGACCCAAAGCAGCCAACUGUUCCUGCAGAUGAGGAGGCAAAGAACAUUUGGUUGAGGUAUUUGCCUGAAUCACGCAUUCUCCCCUUCAACAUGAAGGACAACUUCUGGGAGAUGGGUGAUACUGGUCCAUGUGGACCGUGCUCAGAGAUUCACUAUGAUCGAAUUGGAGGCAGAGAUGCAGCACAUUUGGUGAAUAUGGAUGAUCCGGAUGUGCUGGAAAUCUGGAACCUGGUCUUCAUGCAGUUCGAACGAAAAGAGGGCGGCAGCUUGAUUGAGCUUCCAGCGAAGAGCGUGGACACUGGCAUGGGCCUGGAGCGAGUGACUUCUGUGCUCCUUGAUGUUCGCAGCAACUACGACACAGAUUUGUUCAAGAUUAUCUUCAAAGCCAUUCAGGAGAAGACCGGCACCACCAAGCCCUACACGGGCAAAGUGGGUGAAGAGGAUAAGGACCACGUUGACAUGGCUUAUCGUGUCAUUGCUGAUCACAUCCGAACCCUUACGAUUGCACUGACGGAUGGUGCCACUCCAUCCAAUGAAGGCCGUGGCUACGUCCUGCGCCGUAUCCUGCGUCGUGCGGUGCGCUUCGGUCGGGAGAUCCUGGAUGCGCCACCGGGAUUCUUCCAUCAGUUGGUGGACUCGGUGCUGGAGACGUUGGGUGAUGCCUUCCCAACUUUGAAGCAAAAUCCUGAAGAUGUCAGGGCAAUCAUCAAGGAGGAAGAGGCACAAUUUGGCAGGACCUUGGAUCGUGGCAUCAAACAGUUCAAGACCUUUGCGAAGAAAGGAAAUAUCACUGGGGAGGAUGCCUUUUUGCUAUUUACCACCUAUGGCUUUCCAGUUGAUCUAACCCAGUUGAUGGGUGAAGAACUGAAGGUGGAGGUUGACAUGCCUGGCUUCGAAAAGAAGAUGGCGGAAUUCAGGGAAGAUUCCAAGAAGAAGAAAUCUGCAAGGACUACCAAGGACAUGGAACUCAAAGCCAACGAAACGGACAAGCUCAUCAAAGGCAUGAAGCUGAAGCCAACGGACGACACGAUCAAAUAUGACUGGAACACCGAGGGUGAUGGAAGUGAAUUCACUGCCAAGAUCCAAGCGAUCUAUGAUGGCCAGGAGUUCGUGCAGAGCUGCAACAGUGGUUCCGACGUUGUCGGCCUUGUGCUGGACAAAACUCCACUUUAUGCAGAACAAGGAGGUCAAAUCUUCGACAAGGCCACAGUGACGUGCAAUGGUGUCGAGUUCACCGUGGACAAUGCUCAGAAAUAUGCUGGCUACGUCCUUCACAUUGGUCAAGUGGACACAAAGGGAGAGUUGAAGGUUGGCGACAAUGUCACCAUCAAGGUGGACUACACCCGGCGUUCGCUGGUGGCAAAGAACCACACUGCAACCCACAUCCUGAACUACGCGUUGCGGCAAGUUCUGGGCGAAAAGGUGGAUCAGAAAGGUUCCCUGGUCACCGAGGACAAGCUGCGCUUUGACUUCUCUCAUGGCAAGCCUGUAGAAGUGAAGGAACUGAGGAAAAUCGAGGAGAUCUGCAACGACAUGAUCCACAAGUCCUGUGUGGUGCACUUCCGCGAUGUGGCCCUCGAUACUGCGAAGGCCAUCACAGGUCUCAGAGCAGUAUUUGGUGAAACUUAUCCGGAUCCUGUCCGUGUGGUGAGUGUUGGCCCGAAGAUUGAUGAUCUCCUGACCGACAAGACCACACCAUGGGGAAUGCAGACCAGUAUAGAAUUCUGUGGUGGCACUCACGUCACCAACAGCAAGGAAAUUUACAAGUUUGUCCUCUUGCAGGAAGAGGGAAUUGCCAAAGGCAUUCGAAGAAUAGUAGCAGUCACAGGACCACAGGCAGCAGUGGAAGCAACGCUUAAAGCGAAGACUCUCAGUGUGGACUUUGAUGGCUUCAAGGGUAUGUCUCCUGGCAACGAGCUCGACAAGUGCAUUGGUGACCUCAGGAAAAAGGUCACAGAGGACAAGGAGGUCUCACUCCUCAUGAAGAAUGACAUCAUCACAGAACUGGAGGGAUUGGCGAAGGGCUCAUUGAAGGCAGGGAAGGAGCAGACCAAGAAAUUCGAAGGCAAAGCCAAGGAGGAUGGUGAGAAGCUGGGCAAAGAAGCCGCAGCGGCAUCCGGCAACACCUUCGUGGGCGUGGUCGAGGCUGGUGCUGGCUGCGACGAUGCCAAGGUUCUCACGCCAGCGAUGGACGCAGCGACCAAGCAGUGCUCUGACAAGGCUAUCAUGCUGAUGAGCAACAUGGGUGGCAAGCUAGCAAUCCUGGCGGUGGUGCCCAAAGCUUUGACCGGAAAAGUGUCAGCAAAGGCAUGGUCCUCAAAGGUGUUGGAUGCCAUUGGUGGCAAAGGUGGUGGUAAGGAUGACAAAGCUCAAGGGCAAGGUGAUGCAUCGAAAUUGGCGGAAGCGCUUGCGGCAGCGAAGUUUUGGAGAAACUCUGCCAGUCGCUUUCGCUUCCUGGGAUACCUCCCCGUCACACAGGAUGAAGUCAAGGUCAAGUUGCUGGAGGCUACCAAGGGAGCGUCAGAGAUCUUUAGAGAAAUUCAUGUAGUCGUGACAGACUUCAGCAUUUGCUUGAGACCAGGGGUGGUGCUAUUAGAGUCUUCCAAGUGCGUGGCGGUGGGCUUCUUGAUUCACUGCAAAGAGCUGAAGGAGCGUGGUAAUCGAAGACUGGCUGGUGGUGAUAGUGCAGGUGCGCUGAGCCUUUACUUCGAGGCUUUGCAAGAAGUCGAAAGUGCCGAGAGUGAUGAAGGGCCGGAGCUUGCACAACUUGCAGCAAUCCUACAUUCAAACAGUGCGCAGGCACUGAUGAAGCAAAGAAAAUGGUUUGAGGCGAUAGACCAAUGCCAUGCUGCAUUGCGUUUUGAUCCCGCCCAUACCAAGUCUUCAUGGCGAGGGGCAACUUCUGCAAUAGAGGUGGGCAUGCACGAUGUUGCCGUUGCCUUUGUCGAGGCUGGAUUGGAAGAGAACGUAACCUCCCAGGAGCUACUGGAGUUGCGCAAAAGGUUGGGACCACUGCCAGAUGUUGACCUGCAGAGAGAUGACAGUGAUGAUCAUUCCCUUUCUCCUUCGAAGUGGCGCUUGCCCUUGGAAGAGGACAAGGCUGCAGAGAAGGCUCGCAUCCCCAAGAAAACGCAUGCUGGCAAAGAGAAAGGAGACUGA